UCCUGCCAAUGACUCACUCACCUUUAAAUGACUAAUAGUCAUAGACACUUUCUGGAUGCGAGUUAAUUUACCCCGUGAAUUGCAGAUCAUGGGAUGUGCCAUAACCGUUCCUAGGUCUGUGGUGAGCAAAGGCGGUUAUAUACAUGCGACAAAAAUUCUCUCGAAUUACUUGCCUGGUGAAAGUCUAAAGAAGACACACUGAGUUUCUUCUUUCAAGUAUGAAUGUGUGGUAUUACCCACUCCCAGCGCUAGCCGCUGAGAAUCAGACCUCCCUGAUGGAUAACAUUUUAGAAAAGUUCGGAAUCGAGUUUAAAGAGUCCAGAUUGGAAUCUUUCGAUGAAAAUUGGACAUAUUGCUAUUCGAAAAUGGUCGAAGGGUAUCAAAACAAGCGCGUUGUUAUAUUCAGACCCGCUCCUUCCGACAAGUGGCUCGGUUGCAUUCGGGCCAGAAAUGGCUCAAACUUCAAGGAAAUAAUUUGGGACGCUGUCAAUCUGGAGAAUAUAUAUAUGGGAUUACUACCGGCGAAUUGUCCUUUCGAGGCGAUGCUGGUUGAGAUAAAACUAGUCACAGCAAAGGCUGCGGGCGAUCUAGGAAAAGAAUAAUGCUAUCUUAUUAGUCGUGAGAUGUAGAAUAGUUGUCUAUGUUCAUCAGUACUUUUCCUUUUGACUAAUGUUUUCUAUUUCAU